AUGGAAGAAAAGCAACUGUAUGGUGGACUAACAGUGUACCGCGAGCGAGGUGUCUAUCUUCGAAGACUCGAACAAUUUGUAAAAGCAAAGGCAGCAUGCGACGAAGCGUACAAGAAUAACCCCGAUAACGUACGUCUACUCAUCACUCGCAGCCAGGUGUGUGCUGAUGCAGUCCAGCCGCAACAAGCGUAUGAUGACGCCGAGCUGGCUCUCAAACUGGAGCCGAGCAACAUGAAGGCUCGUAAAGUGCAGGCCAACGCUAUGUACACCAUGUCUGACUUUGAGCGUUCAAUAGUAAUGAAUUAUCGCGGAGCAAGAGAUCGUCAGCAACCUCCAUACUUCACCGAAGGCAUAAGUCAAGGUCUGGAAACUUUACAGGACUGCAUUGGAGAACAUGCUGGAAAUGUUAUGUUAGAUUUUUACCCUUUGAUUAAACAGCAAGCUGAACAUAAGGAUAAUCACUCAAUUGCAAAAACACACGUAUCCCGGAUACCUAAACUCGAAGUUAAAAAGAAGUUCACUCAGAUGGAAGCACGGAAACAUUCUACCUUAGCAAGAGUAUUGGCCAUGAAAUACUUGGGGCCUAUGGCUUACGAUAAGUUUUUUCUGCAACAACUUGAUGAAGAUCCCAGAAUAUCGUCCGCCAACUCGAAAGGUAGCCGAAAACUUGAAGCUCAUAUCAAGGAGGCCCUUACAUCGCUAUCUGAACGACAAGAAAUGUUACGCACUCAGCGUCCUUACUACACAAUAAAACGAGCAGAGAAGUCAGAGUCUAAAUAUUUAACAAAAUACAGGAAAGAAAUUUUAGAACAAGAGCGCAAAGUGGAUGCCUAUAAUGCAGAACGUUUGUUAAGAAAAGUUGAUGUCUGCUUGCGACAAAAUAAUAUAAUGGAUCUUAUAUCAAAAGCUGAAAGAAUGCAAAUUUUCCUUGAUACCAAGACUCCACGUACUCUACCUGAUAAAGAUUUAUACAUUGAUCGCCUAUACCGCACUGUCGGAGAGGGCUACCUAUCACUUUACCGACUCUCCUACAGGUUUAGUGACCGGCAUAAUUCUCGUCGCAUAGCUUUUCUAAUGGGCAUGCAAGUACGACCUUCUUCUUAUGAUUCUGUAGUAGCCAAGUUUCCUUACAAGUUUUCUAACAUCAAAACUGCUACUGAGCGCUUAUUAGCACAAUUAGAUAUGUGUGAAAACUCAAAUAUGAGAUGUUGGCUUAUGUUCGAACUAUCUUGGUUAAUGAAUAAAGAAAAGAACUAUCCGCUGGCUAAAUUCUAUGCAAAGCGAUGUCAGGCCCAAGCCCAAGAAAUAGGCAGUACGGUGUGGUGGUUGAACGCGUGUUUCAUGCUAAUGAGCGGUGACAUGCAGCAAGGAAAUACCCACGAAGUUUUAGCACAAAUAGAAGAAGCUUACAAUUUUGCAGACAAUUUGCUGGCUCCGGAUCAAGUGAAAGCUUUCCUUCUUAAGUGCGCUACAGUAGCGUCAAGUACUACCCUUGCCGAUGAUAACAAGGCCAUUCGUGACCGCCAGAAGCAAAUAUUGAGAGUUAUAGAUGAUCAGAAGAUUCGCACGGAAACUGGGGUGCUGUUCAAGCGCAUGUGGACAGUGCCGAGGGGGCGGCAGUUCAACGUUCUGCCUAAGGGGGAGCACAUCCUAGCACCGCAGUCAGAGCGGCGCCGAGCCCGCCAGCGCGGCCUCUCCAUUGUACCCGGCCCCGAGAAGCGUAUUGCCCUGCCACCGAUAUCCAGUGUCCUUGGCUUUCAAAUCUUCGAUAUUUAG